UUGAUACCCGACAAAAUGUAAUGCUACUGGCUCCUUAAUGUGAAAAGAGCUGAUUUAAAACAGCAGUUUUCCACGUGGCGGGGGCAGUUUGUCUGUUAGCUUCGAAAUGGUGAAACCGGUGAAAUAGUAGUUGCAAAGAAUGGUUCGUUUCGUUAUGUGGUCACGCUGGACAAAAUUGAUGUUUGCUAACUUUCUGUUAGCCUAUUGUUUCGGUUUGGGUUCUCCCGAUGUUCCUGCAACUGUAUUUGACGAAAAUGGAAAUAUGGUGAUUGGAAUAGUCGUUGUACACGAACCAGAACAACAGGAAGUUCCUGCAUUGACGUCUAGCGCCAUCAGAUCAUUUUUAGCUUCUUCGACGAGAAUAUCCGUAUUCGAUUACUACAUCGUGAACAACCGAGAUCAUGUAGUCUUCGUGGAUAAUCCAGCAUUAUGUGCAGCUGUGCAGAAAGGCGUCACUCUUCUUCUGGACUUCACCUGGACCGACAGUAACAAAAUCAUGACAGCAGCUGAUAACCUCAAUAUUCCAUACAUACACGCGGACGUAUCAUCUCAAACGUUCCUGAAAAUAAUGGAAAACUAUCUACGGGCCCGUGGUGCUAAUGAUGUUGUCUACAUCUUCGACAGUGCCCAGAAUGCAGAUUCCGCAAUCUACUUUCUCAUAACGGAAUCGCAACUUCGAACGAUCAUAUUCGACCGUCUCUCCAACAGUUCUAUCCAACGAAUCAAAGCCGUUCGACCUUACCCUUCGUUUUUCGCUAUGGUGGCCGGCACGGUACAGAUGAAUGAGCUAUUCAGAAAUGCACUGGCGGGCGGGUUGAUCGGAAAGCCGGAUAAAUGGAAUCUAAUAUUUACCGAUAGCAUGACGGAUAGGUUUGAAUACAAGGGGAUGUUUCCGACGAUGAGUCGUUUGUUGAUGGAUAACAGCACGUGUUGCCUGUUAUUAAAUCUAAACAAGGACUGUACUUGCCCAGCAGAUUUUAAACCGUGGGAAGCUCAUCUACAGAACGUUGUAAGGAAAGUUCUGGAGAAUUCUAAGAAAGAUCAAUUGCCGUUGGUUACACGGGAUGACUGUAACAGUACUACUUCAAAUGCAAAUGACACUAUUGAUAUUUCUAACCUAAUGGGAGAUCUUAGAAAAGACGUUCGAUUCUGGAUGCCCGAUGGUAGUCGAAUGGUGCGCUACAAUUUGAACAUUUCAAUUUGGACUUCUACCGAAGACGUCGAAACUGAAGCCAUUCACGUAGGCCAAAUCGAGAGAGGUCUCGUAGCACCUUAUGACGGACUGAGUAUAAAGCCGACGAAAAGAUAUUUUCGUGUAGGAACAACGGAGUCUAUCCCGUGGGCCUAUCGUAAACGCGAUCCUCUCACUAACGAAGUCAUGGUUGAUCCUUCCGGCGAGCCGAUAUGGGAGGGUUACUGCAUCGACUUCCUGCAGCAGCUGUCGAAAAUCAUGAACUUCGAUUACGACUUGGUCCAUCCGAAGCAGGGAACUUUCGGCAGAAGGGAUGCGUCAGGUAAUUGGGACGGAUUGGUUGGUGAUAUGGUAGUUGGUGAGAUUGACUUCGCCAUGGCUUCGAUGAAGAUGACUGCUGAACGCGAAGAAGUAGUUGACUUUGUAGCGCCGUACUUUGAACAAACUGGGAUACUGAUUGUGAUGCGAAAGCCUGUGCGAGAGACUUCACUGUUUAAGUUUAUGACAGUUCUACGCCUGGAAGUGUGGCUAAGUAUCUUGCUAGCGAUCGUAGCUACUGCUGUAAUGUUAUGGCUGCUGGACAAGUUCUCGCCGUACAGUGCUAGGAACAAUAAAACCGCCUAUCCCUAUGACUGCCGAGAUUUUACAUUGAAAGAAAGUUUCUGGUUUGCGUUGACCUCUUUCACUCCACAAGGAGGUGGAGAAGCACCGAAAGCUCUCUCCGGUAGAACCUUAGUGGCAGCCUAUUGGCUCUUCGUAGUGUUAAUGUUGGCCACUUUCACUGCGAACUUAGCUGCCUUUCUAACGGUAGAACGUAUGCAAACUCCGGUCCAAUCGUUGGAGCAACUAUCCCGUCAAAGUCGCAUUAAAUAUACGGUCGUUGAAGGUUCGGAUACCCACGACUAUUUCAAGAACAUGAAGAACGCCGAAGAUGUCCUCUACCAAAUGUGGCGUAACCUAACACUCUCAAGUGGAAAUGAUCAAGCCCAGUAUCGAGUGUGGGACUAUCCAAUCAAGGAACAGUACAUCAACAUCUUAGCUGCAAUAGAAUCGGCUAAACCGGUUUCCUCGGCAGAAGCCGGAUUCAAACGAGUUAACGAACGGCUGGAAGCCGAUUUUGCCUUUGUACACGAUUCGGCUGAGGUGAAGUACGAAAUAUCGCGAAACUGUAAUCUGACUGAAGUGGGAGAAGUGUUUGCCGAGCAGCCGUAUGCGAUCGCUGUCCAGCAGGGUAGUCACUUGCAGGAUGAGCUUAGUUAUUAUAUUUUGGAACUACAGAAGGAACGCUUUUUCGAAUCGUUGACCGCCAAGUUUUGGAAUAAUUCGGUUCGGGGGGUUUGUCCUAACACCGAUGACAGCGAGGGUAUCACACUGGAAAGUUUAGGAGGCGUUUUCAUUGCCACGUUGGUGGGGCUAGCUCUGGCAAUGAUUACUUUAGCUGGUGAGGUUUUGUACUACCGGAGGAAACAAAAAUUGGGUAAAAUAAUUAGGGUAGAGCCGACAGGAAAGCAGACAGGUGCAAUUAUGGAUAAAAAAUCUUUAACAUUUAAAAAUUUGCUGGAUACCGACUUAAAGAAUAAUCUUAACAAGAAGGAUAAGACCAUGUCAAAGGAAAUAACAAUUGGUAGUAAGUUUGUGCCAGCUUCUGAGAAACAGCAGAAGAUAAGUUAUAUUAAUGUGUUUCCUAGAAAUCCGAUUCAUUGAUAUAUGAA